GCUUUUAAUUUUUUUAAUCAGACAGUGCUAAAACAAGAGAAAAAUAACUAUAAUGCCUGGGUUUUUAUUGGUGUUGCUGCAGCUGAGCUAGAACAACCUGACCAGGCCCAGGGGGCAUAUAAGAAAGCCGUUGAACUAGAGCCCGACCAGUUACUAGCGUGGCAGGGAUUAGCAAGUUUGUAUGAGAAGUGCAAUCACAUAAAUGCUAAGGAUGACUUGCCUGGUGUUUACCAAAAGCUCCUGGAUCUUUAUGAAAGUGUUGACAAACAGAAGUGGUGUGAUGUGUGCAAAAAACUUGUGGAUCUGUAUUAUCAAGAAAAGAAACACCUAGAGGUGGCUCGAACAUGGCACAAAUUGAUAAAGAUACGGCAGGAAGAAGGUGCAGACAACCAAGAGCUUCAUCAGCUAUGGAGAAAAUUGACUCAGUUGCUGGCAGAGAGUAUGGAGGAUCAAAAUAAUGAAACCCAGCAAUUGCUUUUUACUGCAUUUGAGAAUGCACUGGCCUUAUCAGAUACGAUUCCUAGUGAAGAUCACCAAGUACUCUAUAGGCAUUUCAUUCAGUGUUUAUCCAAAUUUCCUCAAGAGACUGCUAGAUUGAAGAAGGCCUGUGAAGGAAUGAUAAACAUCUAUCCCUCCAUACAAUAUCCAUUAGAAGUGCUUUGCUUGCACUUAAUUGAAUCAGAAAAUCUUACUGAUGAGGGACAGCAGUACUGUUGUAAACUAGUGGAAAUGAAUUCAAAAAGUGGACCAGGCCUCAUUGGCCUAGGCAUUAAAGCAUUACAAGAGAAAAAGUAUGAAGAUUCUGUUCGCAAACUAACAGAAGGGUUAAAGGAAAGUCCUUGCUGUACAGCUGGAUGGUAUCAUCUGGCAGAAGCCCAAGUCAAAAUGCAUAAAUCUAAGGAAGCUGUUCUUUCAUGCAACCAAGCUCUGAAGCACAUAGAUAAUCUUGGUGUGUCCAUUGGUGGCAGUCUUCAUCAGAAGAAUCUUUGUCUUCGUCUGAAAGCAGAGGCUUUGAUUAAACUCUCAGACUGUGAAUCUUCAGAGGAAGCAGUUCGUACUAUUGAUCAGGUUUCUGAUGCAAAUAAUAUUCCAGAACUCUUGGUUCUCAAAAGCUUGGCCUAUCUGAACAAAGGCUCAUUAGAUGAAGCUACCAAGAUUAAGGAAGACCUUCUCUCUUCUUACCCUGACCUAACUGAAGCCCAUGCUCUUGAGGCUUUGAUUCAUUUUACCAAAAAGGACUAUCUGCAAGCAGAAAAAUGUUUCCAGAAAGCACUUGAAAAAGAUGCUGAAGUUGCUGAAUAUCAUUACCAGCUUGGGUUAACAUAUUGGUUCAUGAAUGAAGAAACAAGAAAAGAUAAAACAAAGGCUCUUACCCACUUUCUGAAGGCUGCAAAAUUGGAUACAUACAUGGGCAAAGUUUUUUGCUAUUUAGGUCAUUAUUACAGAGAUGUAGUGGGAGAUAAAAACAGAGCUCGUGGAUGUUACAGGAAGGCUUUUGAAUUAGAUGACACUGAUGCUGAAUCUGGAGCUGCAGCAGUUGACUUAAGUGCGGAGCUUGAAGAUAUGGAGACCGCCUUAGCUAUCUUAACAGCAGUAACUCAAAAGGCAAGUGCUGGAACGGCAAAGUGGGCCUGGCUUAGGCGAGGACUGUAUUAUUUGAAAGCUGGUCAACAUUCUCAAGCAGUGGCUGAUUUACAGGCAGCAUUAAGGGCAGACCCAAAGGAUUUCAAUUGUUGGGAGUCAUUAGGAGAGGCGUACUUAAGCAGAGGUAGCUAUACAACAGCCUUGAAGUCCUUCACAAAAGCCAGCGAACUGAACCCAGAAUCUACAUACAGUGUGUUUAAGGUUGCAGCAAUACAGCAAAUCCUCGGCAAGUAUAAGGAGGCGAUAGCUCAAUACCAGCUAAUCAUUAAAGAGGAAGAAGAUUAUGUGCCUGCCUUGAAAGGUUUGGGUGAAUGUCAUCUUAUGAUGGCAAAAGCAGCUCUGGUUGAUUAUCUUGAUGGCAAAGCUGUAGACUACAUAGAAAAAGCAGUGGAAUAUUUUACUUGGGCUCUGCAGCAUCGAGCUGAUGUGUCCUGCCUUUGGAAGCUGGUUGGGGAUGCUUGUACCAGCCUGUGUGCUGUUUCACCAUCUAAAGUGAAUGUUAAUGUUUUAGGAAUCCUUCUAGGUCAGAAAGAAGGAAAACAAAUAUUAAAGAAGAAUGAGCUUCUCCAUCUUGGAGGAAGAUGUUACGGUCGUGCAUUAAAACUGAUGUCUACAUCUAAUACAUGGUGUGAUCUUGGAAUUAAUUAUUAUCGCCAAGCACAACAUCUAGCAGAAACAGGCAGCAGCACUAACGAUCUCAAAGAAUUGCUGGAGAAAUCUUUACAUUGUCUGAAAAAGGCAGUGAGACUCGAUAGUAACAAUCACUUAUACUGGAAUGCUCUUGGUGUGGUGGCAUGUUACAGUGGUGUUGAAAAUUAUGCCCUUGCUCAGCACUGUUUUAUCAAGUCAAUCCAGUCAGAACAAAUUAAUGCUGUUGCAUGGACCAACUUGGGAGUGUUAUAUCUUGCAAAUGAAAACAUUGAGCAAGCUCACGAAGCUUUCAAAAUGGCUCAGUCCCUUGAUCCCUCUUAUUUAAUGUGCUGGAUUGGACAAGCUCUUAUUGCAGAGACAGUUGGAAGUUAUGACACCAUGGAUCUCUUUAGGCACACUACAGAACUCAGUAUGCAUACUGAGGGAGCAAUAGGUUAUGCGUAUUGGGUCUGCACAACAUUACAAGAUAAAAGUAACAGAGAAACAGAGCUGUACCAGUACAACAUCCUCCAGAUGAAUGCUAUUCCAGCAGCACAGGUUGUUUUGUGUAAAUAUGUAGAACGAAUUCAGAAUUACGCUCCAGCUUUUACAAUGUUGGGUUACAUAAAUGAACAUCUACAGCUGAAAAAGGAAGCAGCAGAUGCAUACCAAAGGGCAAUUUUGUUGUUACAGACUAUAGAAGACCAAGAUACUUACAUUGUUACAGUAAGAAAUUAUGGCAGAUUGGUAUGUUCCAUUGGUGAAUAUGAUAAAGCUAUCCAGGCUUUUAAAUCAACACCUCUUGAAGAGUUAGAAGACAUUAUAGGUUUCGCAUUAGCUUUGUUUAUGAAGGGACUGUAUAAAGAGAGCAGCAAAGCCUAUGAGAGAGCCUUAUCUAUUGUUGAAUCAGAGCGAGACAAAGCCCAUAUCUUGACAGCUCUGGCGAUAACAGAGUAUAAACAAGGAAAAAUGGAUGUAGCCAAGUCGCUGCUAUUCAAAUGCUCUAUCUUAAAGGAACCAACUAUAGAAAGCCUUCAAGCCCUGUGUGCUCUAGGGUUGGCAAUGCAGGAUGCUACGCUAUCAAAAGCAGCUCUUAAAGAGUUACUGAAGCACAUUAAACACAAUAACAUUGAUUAUCAGAGGUGCCUUCUUUCUUUGGCAAUUUGUGCACUCCAAGGCCGCAAUAUGGCAGUGCAAAGACAAGCAUCGAAAGCUGUUCACAGUAACCCAGCUGACCCUGCUCUUUGGUCUUUGUUGUCUCGAGUUGUUGCUCAGUAUGCUCAACGAAAUGCAAAGGGAGGUGCUGUAGCAGGAAAUGUGGCUCAUAUUCUGGACUCAAAUCAUGGAAAGAAGGCAUUGUUGUACACUGCAGUAAAUCAGUUGGCGAUGGGAGGCAGUACAGCAGAAGAUGAAAAGAAUAUUGCACUAAAGACCAUUCAGAAGGCAGCUUUGCUUUCCCCAGGUGACCCUGCUGUCUGGGCUGGGCUGAUGGCAGCAUGUCAUGCUGAUGUUAAACUGGCUGUAGUUAACAACACUCAGCCAAAAAGGAUGGAUUUAUACUUGGCACUAUUAUCUGCUGUUUCUGCCUCAAUUAAGGACAAAAAAUUUCUUGAAAAUUACAACCAAUGUCUUGAAAAGUGGUCUUUUUCACAAGCGGUCACUGGUCUAAUAGACACAGGAAGAAUAGCUGAGGCUGAAUCUCUAUGCACAAAGAAUUUAAAAAAUCACCCUGAUCAGCCAGCUGUUAUCUUACUUUUGAGACAAGUUCAGUGUAAAUCACUCCUGGAGUCACAAAAGCCACUGCCAGAUGCUAUACUUGAAGAACUGAAAAAAACAGUAAUGUCCAAUUCAACCUCUGUUCCAGCUUGGCAGUGGCUGGCACAGGUCUAUCAGUCCCAAGGAAUGAUGGGUGCUGCAGAGAUGUGUUACAGGAAGAGUCUACAAGUGGCAUCCCAGCAGGGCAGUUGGAGCGGGAAGCUCUCAAGUCUGCUGAAAUUAGCACUGCUUGCAUUGGAAGUGUGCAUGGUAAGAUGA